AGGCACAAGCCCUCCUCUGAUCCUCCUGGGCGUCCCGCCACAAGACAGACAGCAAAAGUUGAUGAAUACCUGCUGCAGUCUGGACCUGGAGCUUGGGAGAAGAUUCAUUUUCCAGCAAGACAAUAGUUACUUUGUACUUGUUAAAACAAAAAAAAAAAAACAAUGAAUGUAGAACAUUUUUGAAUUCUUUAAAGUAUUUUUCUUGUUGACCAACAGCCGAAAUAUUAAUUAAAUACAGUAAAUUAUGUUUUAAUGUUGUUAACGCAGCUAAAUAUUAAAAGGGAGGGGAUGGUGUUCACUUUUUAUACUUGAUUGUGAAUGCAAGGAUAAGUUUAGAGGAAGGCGAGAGAAGCAUGUACCUGUAAUAUACACAUGACCUGAAAAUGUACUCUGUUUAUAAUUCUUUCUAAAUUUCAUUUAAUAAUAAUUUUCUUGAUUAUAAAAAGCUACAGAUUUUUGUAACUGCUCACAAUUGCUUGCUAAAUCAGAGAUUGUAUUUUAAAAUUAGUUAGAUUUGCAGUGAGUCAUUCUUUGCCAUGAUUUGCGACGAGCAAGUUUGACAUAUUGGAAGUACAAAAAGCCCUUAAACUCCAUAUUAACAGGCCAUUUCCUCAGGGAGGGGUACUUCGACCCUCAAGUAAAAAUGACCUGCGUGAAUUACUGGAUUAGUGUCUUCUUUACAAAGGAGUUGUUAAUUACUUCACAUCCCACAAUAUGUAGCCUGCUGUCUAAAGUAGUCUUCUUGUCCCUGGCUAGGGAAUGACUGUGUUAGAUGUUUCCCGGCAUAGACUUGCCAAAUCUUUAAGAAAAAGAUACCUGUUAUGUCUGCGUAAAGAGAAGCCCAGAGGCGGGAAACCGUCAGUAUGUGAUGACGACGGAGACACAGUGUAGAUGUGUGAGAGACAGGAUCAAGGGAGGUGUUGAUCUGGUGUAAGUUUGAGCUGUUUGUCAGCCAGUUUGGAAUGCAAGUGUUACUUUCAUUUUUAGGAAUCAAGAGUCACACUAGGCUAGACUACCUAUACAAAUAUCUAAAGAGAUUACUGCUCUGUGCAAAAGCAAAAAAUUGAUGUGUUCCCUUGAACUGUAAAUAUAACAUUACAUAUAAACUUUUAAUUAAAUUAAUAUCUUAACCAUUCAGUCAGAAAUGAGAAAUAAAAUAAUAACUAAAGUGCAAAGUGGUUUUAAAAAACCACCUGCGCUCAGAAAUGCUUUUUAUUUUAACAGGAAUGCCUCCACCAACUAUUCCAGGAUUAUUUCCACCGCCGAUGGCUCCUCCCCCUUCUCUUCUGAUCCCCACACUGGACGGAACUCCAACAUCUGCUUAUAGUAAUCGGCCACCUCCUCCAUAUGGCUACACUUCUGGAGAUUCCAGCUUUGUCAGCUAUCCUCCAAUUUCCUCUUCCCACACUUCUUGGGUAACAAGCGAUAACAGUAGCAGCAAUUCCAACAACAACAACCACUGGGAGUACCAAGGAUCACGCAGAGACAGAGAAAGAGACCGAGAUCGGGACCGGGACCGAGAUCGUGACAGAGAAAGAGAACGAGAUCGAGACCGCACGCCAGCUGGCAAUGAAUAUAACAACGAAGAUGAACGCUAUCGAUACUACAGUCGGGAGCGGAGUUAUGAAUAUGAACGCGAGUAUCAUCAUGUUCGGGAUCGCAGCAGAGACAGAGAGGAACGGCACCGUGAGCGACGGCAUCGUGACAAAGAUGAAAGUAAACACAAAUCUUCCAGGAGAAAGCAGCAUGAAGGUGAGGAAGGAGAAAGUCAUAGACGUCACAAACACAAGAAAAACAAACGAAGUAAAGAGGAAAAAGAGGCCAAUGAAGAAAAUACUGGUGAUGGAGAAGAACUAGACAGCAAAGAGCACUAAAUGUUGCUACUGACUGCUACAAACUCCAACCUCUGAGACAUCGAGAAACAUCCACCAAUAUUAGGAUACCAUUAUGGCAUUAGCGAUUAGGUUUCAGAGCAUUCUCAUUUUAGAUAACUUUAUACUAUCACUUGUGAAGAAAAUUACAUGCUGCCUAAAGCAUUUAAUACAGAAAAGAACGGCCAUGUAAGUAUUCUGCGGUUGCAUUAAAUUCAUAAUUUGUGGAACAGUAUGGGUCUAGAAUGAGAUGAUAGCAUUUGAUCUGUCUUGCAUAAUCAUGAAUACUGACAUGUUGUAGCAUGCAGCAUUAAAGUCAUUGUGUUUGUUUUAAAUUUCA